AUGAAGAACACAGAGAUUUCAGAUGAGCAGAUGAAAAAUGAUAGAAAAAACAAACCACCACCCCGCCACUAUUUCCGGCCAUCCCGAUCGACUCCUCUAGAAGCCCCGAACCCGAACCACCCAAUUUCCCCGUCGGAAAACUUGAGAAUCGUCGACAGUAUCGACUGGUUCAAACCAGAUUCUUCCCGACGUUGCGCCGCCCUCUCCGUCGUCCAAUCCAGGAUAGAAAGGGUGAGCUGUGGUGUGGAGUUUUUCCGUCGCCGGAAUUUACUCUACACACCCACGCGCUGCCGGCGCGUGGGCAAGGGUGGUGAAGCUGCAAUACGUCCUGAUGAGAUCAGAUCCUCAGGUUGUCACGAGUGCGUAGGAUUUCACGGAUCUCAAUUCGGAUGUUGUUUGACUAUCGAACGGAUUUCGCAUAUUGUGCGUUAUCCAAGUUCGAUAAGUUCUGACCGUUGGAUCGUUUUCAAAUUAAAUUAUGUUGAUCUAGGUGCCCCGGUUGAUCGUACUCAGCAGGCAGGACCUUCUCAGGGUCGAGCAGCUUGGAAUUACUUGGGUGUUGAGAGAAAAUGUAUGAUUACACUAGGUCAGUACCAUCCCCUUGUUACUAGGCUUCCCACACGUGGCAUUGGUAGUUCCAGCGUGUGGGAAGAACAUGUGAUUAUUGGUCUCAUACGUGGCGUUGUGUGGGAUGAUGUAGUAUGUGCGCAUAGGACUUGGUACUUGGUUUGUGAGCUACACAUGGCGUUGGUAGUUCUGGCGUGUGAGCUAUGGAGUUUCGUCCCCCGGUUGGACCGCUCAUCCCUAGAGUCAGGACAGCACUUGAAAAUCCUGCGGGCUAGCCAAACAAUCUCCCGGUUGGAUUGUUUCCCCGUAAGUGGGCCUGACAUCAGGGUGAUGUCGGUAAAAAGACGGGAUUCGCUCCGGUUUCCGGGAAUAAAAAGAUGGGAUUUGCUCCGGUUUCUGGGAAAUUCUGGGGCGGGUCCUGUCAGGAAGAGGGUUUGUGAUAGUAGAGAUGCGAGAGGGUGGAAGGGGUGA